CCUGACAUCAUGUGUUACUAUGGAAGCUACUAUGGAGGUCUAGGCUAUGGCUAUGGUGGCCUAGGCUGUGGUUAUGGCUGUGGCUAUGGCUAUGGCUGUGGCUGUGGUGGCUAUGGCUAUGGCUGCUGCCGUCCACUGUGCUGUAGAAGAUACUGGUCCUAUGGCUUCUACUGAGGACAUUAUGCAGUUACCCAGCCUUUCUAUCCAGAAGGUCUUCCAAGGCUUUCCGAACAGGAGCUCAAUAAUGUCUUCAAAGAUUUGAACUUUAGAACAAAACAUUCUGUUUUAUAUUAUUUUCAUAAUACUCUGUAAAAUGAUUGUAAUUUGGCUCUCAACUUAUAUUUUAAUAGGUGUAUCAUCAAGUAACUAAAUGAAUAAACUGUACUAAAUAA